AUGGGUAGAGUGAUCAGAAACCAAAGAAAAGGUGCUGGCUCCAUCUUCACCUCUCACACAAGAUUGAGAAAAGGUGCUGCCAAGUUGAGAACGCUUGACUUUGCUGAGAGACAUGGAUACAUCAGAGGUGUCGUUAAGCAGAUCAUUCAUGACCCAGGUAGAGGUGCUCCAUUGGCCAAGGUUGUAUUCAGAGACCCUUACAGAUUCAGAUUGAGAGAGGAAAUGUUCAUUGCCAAUGAAGGUGUUUACACCGGACAGUUUGUUUACUGUGGUAAGAAGGCCUCUUUGAAUGUUGGUAACGUCCUUCCUUUAGGUGCUAUGCCUGAAGGUACUAUCGCUUCUAAUGUCGAGGAGAGAACCGGUGACAGAGGUGCUUUGGGAAGAACUUCUGGUAACUACGUGAUUGUCAUUGGACACAAUAUUGAGGACAAUAAGACUAGAGUUAAAUUGCCAUCUGGUGCCAAGAAGGUCAUCUCUUCUGAUGCCAGAGGUGUCAUUGGUAUCGUUGCCGGUGGUGGUAGAAUUGAUAAACCAAUGUUGAAGGCUGGUAGAGCUUUCCACAAGUACAAAGUUAAGAGAAACUCUUGGCCAAAGACUAGAGGUGUUGCUAUGAACCCCGUUGAUCAUCCUCAUGGUGGUGGUAACCAUCAGCAUAUUGGUGCUCCAUCUACCAUUAGUAGAGGUGCUGUUCCCGGUCAGAAGAUUGGUUUGAUUGCUGCUAGAAGAACCGGUUUACUAAGAGGUUCCAAGGAUAAGGUUGAGGAAUGA